CUUUAAUCAAAUAUUGCUCUCUCCUUCUCUCUCUCUCUCUCUCUCUCUCUCUCUCUCUGUUUUGUUCCACCGAAUUGUAUUCCUAUUUUUAUAUAUUUUUGUAUAAAUAUGCAUAUAUAAUUAUAAAAGUUGAUUUCGUUAAAGUUUUUGUCCCAUUCAAUCAUUUUAGUUGAGAAGUUCUCGUCCAGAUCUGAGCCUGAGAGCAUCCACUACUCACUGCAAUGGGGGAAAAGGAAAAGGUUACGAUUAUGGUGCUGAAGGUAGAUCUUCAGUGUCACAAAUGCUACAAGAAGGUUAAAAAAGUUCUUUGUAAAUUCCCACAAAUACGAGACCAGAUAUACGACGAGAAGCAAAACCAAGUGGUUAUCAAAGUGGUAUGCUGCAGUCCAGAAAAGAUGAGGGACAAGAUUUGCUGCAAAGGUGGGAGUGCCAUCAAAAGCAUUGAGAUCAAAGAGCCCGAGAAGCCCAAGGCACCCAAAGAUGACGGCAAGCCCAAAGCACCCAAAGAUGAUGGCAAGCCUAAAGCUGACGGUAAGCCUAAAGAUGAAGGCAAGCCUAAAGCUGACAGUAAGCCUAAAGAUGAAGGUAAGCCUAAAGAUGACGGCAAGCCUAAAGGUGACGGUAAGCCUAAAGAUGACAGUACGCCUAAAGAUGACGGUAAACCUAAAGUUGGCCUGCUAAAUCCUGGACCCUCAUCGCAUGUCCAAGCGUGUUGUAUGGAUUGUUACCAGGGGCAUGCAGCUGGGCCGUGCCACAGUGGUUAUAGCGGGGGGCUAGCCUCGUACAUCCAGUAUGAUGGUUACUAUGGGAGGCCUGUGUAUGACAGUUACGGUGGUGGCAACAGGGGGUAUUGCGUUACCCGCCCUGACUGUUUCAGUGAAGAAAAUCCCUCAGCUUGCACAGUCAUGUAAAUCAUCGAUCAUCUUGUUGGACCGUGAUAACUUCUUCAAUCUCGGGAUAAUAUUUUAGCAGUGUUCGAUAUUAAUAUUAUAGGAGGGUCAUAUAUUGUUAAGUGAAUAAUAAAGUUGGUCGUUGAUCUUGGUGGUUGUCAAGUCACAAUCACGUUAAUCUGUUCUUAUAUCAUUAGUAUAGACUAUAGAGAGAGAGAUACAUCUCAUCAUGAAGAUGAAGAUGAAGAUGAAGUUGGUGGCUGCUACAAUUUUCAAUGCAAUAAAAGUUUCCAUUCCACAUUC